AUGGCAACAAUGGAUAACCUCUUUUCUAACAAUCGCGAAGAACAAACGUCGUUUCAGAUGUCAACGCAGGAGCCACCCCAGGUAUUUCAUCAAGCGGAACGAUGGAACCAUCCUCGGUCCAACAUACUUAAAACAUUGGCCACUUACUGGAGCUUCCUGGUUAUGGGCAUGAACGACGCUGCAUAUGGCCCGUUGAUACCUUACCUUGAAUCUCACUACAAUUUAUCCUACACGGUGGUGUCACUUGUAUUCUUCUCACCACUUGGUGGAUAUACUCUGGCUGCUUGCCUAAACAAUAGAAUUCACGCCAAGCUUGGCCGUCGUGGCGUUGCAUGGUUGGCUCCUGGGUGCCAUAUCAUUGCGUAUAUAAUCAACUGUUUGCAUCCUCCAUAUCCGGUCUUGGUUGUGUCAUUCAUCUUUGCAGGCUUCGGCAAUGGGCUGGGCGAUGCCGCGUGGAAUGCGUGGCUUGGGAAUAUGGUCAAUGCAAACCAGCUCCUUGGACUACUACAUGGUUUCUAUGGUGCUGGCGGAGUAUUAAGUCCUUUGAUAGCCACUUCCUUGAUUACUAAAGCCCAUCGGGAAUGGUAUUACUUCUAUUAUAUCAUGAUUGGCUGCGCGGCGCUCGAACUUGCUUUCCUUCUCACCGUUUUCUGGGAUUCCCCCGGUACCCCUAUCGGGGACGCUCGCGCCGGUGAAAGCAACGGUGGCCUCCGUCAAGUUCUCUUUAAGAAAACGUAUGCCCGGGUAACUUGGCUGUGUGCCUUUUUCCUUCUCGGUUAUGUAGGAAUUGAAGUUGCACUCGGUGGAUGGAUCGUAACAUUUAUGAUGCAAAUCCGCAACGGAGAAGCAUUUGCCAGCGGUAUGACGGCUACUGGAUUUUGGCUAGGGCUGACCGUAGGCCGGGUGGUACUGGGCUUCGUGACGCCGCGAAUAGGGGAGAAGGUCUCUAUCGUAGUAUACUCUUUACUGGCUAUUGGGUUGGGCCUCAUUCUCUGGCUUGUGCCUAAUUUUUAUGCUUCGGCGGUGGCAGUCUCCCUCCAAGGCUUUUUUCUUGGCCCCUUUUUCCCUGCUGUCGUGGUCGUAGCUACCAAGCUUCUCCCUAAGUCGCAGCAUGUCAGCGCCAUUGGGUUUGCGGCUGCUUUUGGAGGAGGAGGUGCAGCUGUCCUACCUUUCGUAGUCGGUGCCAUUGCACAGGCACGAGGAGUCGAGGUUCUCCAACCUUUCAUCAUUGGCUUGUCCGGUGGGAUCCUCUUGCUGUGGUUGGGACUGCCGCGGAUGCCAAAGAAGGGAGAAGAAAGCCGCCCCAGUGUUUGA